CUUUUGUUCCGUUCUUUUGCUUGAUUUAUUCCAUUCUAUCUUUUCGCCCAUCUACCAUUUCUUAUCUACUGUCGUACAUUAUUUCUUUACAGAUCAGAACCUUAUAUAGCCCUCUCUUGUUGUAUGAACCUUCUUUUUCAGCCCCUCCCAAUCUGCACGCUCUUCAUCUGUCAUCUUUCUUUCUCACAGCCAGCUUUUAUAUAUAUACUUUUCCAACCACAACUCUUCCUUGUGUGUACUUUUGAGUAUCAUAACAAACCCCACUUCUUUGUAUGUAUAUGCUUUUCUACCUUAUCUAUCUUUUUUCCCUUUUUUUGUACACCCCCUUCCUGCGCAUUCAAGCAUAUUCUCUAUGAAUUCCCCCGCCUUUUUCUCAUUGUCGAAUAAUUUAUGGAUAUCUGAUUCUUUUCUUAUAUAUCAUCAUCCUCAUCGCCUUUCCCUUCUUAUUCCAUGUAUGCAAGUACUCUUAUUGUUCCAAUAAAGGCUUCAGUAUCUUUUUCCUUUCCUGUAACUAUAUGAU